AUGGUCCUUCGUGUAGAGCUUCCCCUCUCGAGACCGGGUGAUCUAUCGAUCAAACGAGCCCUUUUAGUCAAUCAGGAUCGUCUGGCAGGAUGGGCAGACAUUUAUGGCUUAUCUAAACGGAUACAAGCUCACCAUUCAACAAGAUUGCUAAUCCAACAGAAUACGUCUACAAGAGCGCAGGUUUUCCAAGCAUAUGUUGGUGGAUUGUUCGAGCAGGCCGAAUACAAUCUUGGGCCAAUAGAAGAUUGGUUGGGUCACGUCGUAGAGACUGCGCUAAAGGAGAUACUUGCAAUGGAGAAGGCUGAAGACGACCUUUCUGACGCGUUCAGUAAGACAGCAGUGAAGGAUGAAGACCGUCCAUUCCCUUUAUCUCGAAACUCAUCGCUGUCACCAUAUCAAAGCAAACCCUCCUCACAUCCUUCAUCCACAAACCAAACAAAGACAUCUACUUUGCCGAAGACUCCUGUGCGGGUAGGAGCGUUGGCUCUAUUCAACCAGAGAUGCCAACAAGAGAAGCUGGUUCCCAGCUGGUGUUGCACACAAGAGGGCGAACCACACGCUCCAACGUUUACAGUCACCAUCAAAUUGCCGCCGUCCAACACCCCAAUAGGCGAAGGUAUUGGGGUAACAAAGGCUGAAGCAAAGGCAAGGGCCGCGGAACAAGCAUUGAGGGAGAUGCAUUGGGCAUAA